AUGAAUUGUUGCAUUCCCGGCUGCUCCUAUUCCCACAAGGAAGGUAGAGAAAGACGGUCACUAUUCUCCAUAAGACGUCCAGAAUUUGGGAAAACCGCUAGCGAAAAACUGCACCGAACAGAUUUGACAAAUUUUAUUUUAAGGUUAAGAGAUCCACUUAAAGGAGAUAACAUAAAACAACUGCUACAUAAAGAAAAGGCAACCAUUUGUGAAAUUCACUUUUCUGAAGAUGAUUUCAUCGUGCACAAUACACGAAAAAGUUUAAAAUCUGGCGCAAUGCCGAAAUUUUUCUUGCCUGCCAAGUGCAAAACUACACAAAAAGUUAUUCAGUACCAAAAGCAUUACUAUAUUUCAGAACAGUGGGGUUUGGUAUUUAGAAACAAUUACUUAUUCUUAGAAUAUGUAGAGAGAGAAAAUGAUAUUCAGCCAAGCAUCAGGUACAAAAGUUUAUUUGAGGUUUUGCCUAAAAGUAUAUUUUCAUAUUUAAAACUUAUUUACAUAACGAUUUGUAUUUCCCUAUUUUCACACAGUAUUUGUCUUUCAUUGGAUUUGAUUAUUUUGUGGGUGGCCUUUGGUGGAUGGCGAACAGAUAUUGCACAGUUUGAGGUGUGCAAUUUAAAAACAACAAUUCUUAAAGAAUUCUUAGUUGAGGUUGGUGGACAAAGGUGCUACCCUUGUGAUAAGUAUGAUAUCAAAACAAAGUACAACAAAAAGUAUACUUCAUUGAAAAAUGUGCAAGAUGAUGAUUUAGUGACUGUGGAUGAAGACACACACAAUGACAUAAUUGAAUUAUAUCAUAAAGAAAAUGAUGAGAUGAAUGAUUGGCAAAAAAUGUUUUUUUCAAAUCAAUGCCAAAAUGCAAAGACAUCUCCCAAGCAGAGACGAUAUCACCCAGAUGUGAUACGGUGGGCGAUCGAGCUGUAUGCACGAUCCCCUGCUGCAUACAAUCAACUUAAAACUUCUGGGGUGUUGACUCUACCAUCUUCAAAAACUCUGCAACAGUACAGGUAUGAAAAAGUACACCAUUGUUAAUUUGUUUGUUACACAAUAUAUAGUUAUUCCCACCAUAGUCGUCAGUCGAUAAAUCCAACUAAUUUUCCAUGUUAUAGUUAUUAGUUAUAAACAAAAAUGUUUAAUUUUAACGUGUUUUUUUUGUAGAAAUGUGGCUUCAAAUUCAUCGGGAAUAAACAGAAUUGCAAUGCAGCAACUAAAAGACAGUGUUGAGGGAUACAUAACUGUUGAUGAAAUGAAAGGUAUGUUUAACGCAAACUCAAAACUUUGUUUACUUCAAAUCUAUGACACAUAAUUUUAAAUGCUCUUUCAGUUCAAGAAAGUUUGGUACUAAAACAUGGAAAAUUAGUU